GAUUGGAAACAUUUUGCCAAGUAUACGAUUGGAACUGCUUAAAAAGGAUUUAAAAAAAGAUAAAUUUUCAUUUUAUAACUGUUGUUAUAAUUUUUUUGAUCGCGAAAAAGAAUUUUAUAUUUGAAUUUAUAAGUAUGGUUACAGGAAAGUAAUAUUUUUUGUAUUUUUAUUCCAAUAAGUUUACAAACACAAGAUGGCGACCUUCUGUCAAAACGCAAUAUAAAACGCAUUGCUGCGCUUUUCGAUUUCAUGCUGCACAACGACCAUUUUUUGACGAAAUAAAAGUCAUUUGCUGUUUAAAAUGGAACAAAUAGUUGUAAAAACUGAAGUGCAAUCUAAUGGAGAUAUAUUGUUAUUUUACGUCGAUGAAAAUAACAGUCAAGAUUCCGGAGGAAUAGGGAAACUAGAAGAUCUAGAUGACCAUGAAGUGGUAGAGUUUCAGGAAAGCGACUUUGUAUUUGCCAAUGUUGAAGAAUCAGUAGAUUACACUUUAAAUAAUAUAAAGACUAAUACACAUAUAAAUGAAGAAUGGCAAGAGGAAGAUGUACAUAAGUUACUCAAAUUAUAUGUUGAUAACUUAAAUAAUAUUGAAUCUGGUACAACAACUAACCAACGUUUAUGGGAAGUAGCUUGUAGGACAAUAUUUAAAGAUAAAGAUCCAACACUAUGUGAAAUUGGACUUCUUAGUCUUAAACAAAAGUAUGCUGAAAUACUUGCAAAUUAUCAAAAAACCGGAGUAAUGGAAGCAUGGCCUUACAACGAGAUAUGCCACCGAGCUUUUCAUAAUGAUUAUUAUGUUAAGGAAUUUGUUAAUGAAAAUGCAAAUAAUAAAGAGCCCGAAAUUAAUAUAAAACCAACUGAAGCAUCAAAAAUCAAUGAAGAUGGUGUUUUAAUUAUAAACAAACCGGGAAUGGGUAGACCUCCAAAACAUGCUAUUGAUGAAAAAGUUGAACAUAUGCUUAACUUAUAUCUGAAGUAUAAAGAUGCAUAUAAUAAGAAAAACUUGUACAAAAGCAUCUGGAACAAAAUUGCAAUGGAAAUGGGUGAAGAAGACGCAGAAUAUUGGCAUAAAAGAUUUCUUAAUUUCAAACAGCACUACAUUAGGAUGUUGCAUAGGCGUUAUGAAGUUGGUCCUGAUAAAAUAAACUGGCCAUAUAUGAAGAUAUUUGAUCAAAUCUUUGAUGGUGAUGAAAGAUUUAAAAGUAAAUAUGAAGUCAAACAUAAUGAUGAAAUUAAUAGUCAUAUAGAAGAUAAAAACUUUAAUGAAACAGAAAGAACAGUAUUAGUUAAAUACUGCUUUGAUUGUUUUCAUGAAUUUCAAGAUUCAACAAUACCUAAUAAAUUUUUAUGGCAUGAAAUUGGACGGUUAUUGGAGAAAAAUCCUGAAUUAUGUAAAGAGAAAUAUAAAGAAAUGAAAAGUGAACAUUUUAAAACUUUAAUGAAUGGGGAAUAUGAUAUAAUGAAUAGAAUUCCUUCAGCAAUUAUUCUUGAUAAUAUAAUCGCCCGUGAAAAUCAAAUACAGUUAAAAAAUCCUCGGAAAGACGAGGAAUAUGGAUGGAGUAUAGGAAAAAUAGAUGAAUUAGUACAAUUCUUCUAUGAUAAUAUGGAAUUAUUUAAAGACUCUGUUUGUUAUUAUGUAUGUUGGUCUAUGGUUGCGGAAAAGUUACAGAAGAAUAUGCACAGUUGUAAAAAGCAAUGGGAAAAAUUGACUUCAUUAUACAAAUCUAUAUUAGAAGAUAAAAAAGAGAAUCCGGAUAUGCAGAUAAAUUGGAAAUACAUUGAUGUGUUUGAUCGUAUUUUUGACUAUGGUAUGGAUAUAAAUCUUCUUGAGGGUUACGAAAAUAUAAUAGUGCAUAAUGAGAAAAAUGGUCCGGAAAAGAUUGGUGUUAAAAAAGUACAUAUAGAUGACGACAAUAUCGACGAAUAUUCAGAAGACGAUGAAUUGUAUGACGAAAGAGGUUUUAUGAAGCGAUCCAAACGAAGAAUCGGUGAAUCCAAAGCCAAUAGAAUAUUGGAAUAUUACUUAAAGAAUAAAGAGAAAUUCUCAUGUUCGUUACAAAAGAAAUUAUCACUAUGGGAAGUUUUAGCGAAGCAAUUAGGAAUAACUGCGGUUCAAUGUGCACAUAGAUUUAGAAAUUUAAAACAAAUAUAUACAAGAUAUAUACAAAGAGAAAUAAAUAAACCGGAUAUGCCGAUUUUAUGGCCAUAUUAUGCAAUGUGUAAGAAAGUAUUUGGUUACCGAGCAAUUAAAUCUAAAUUGAAAAAUGGCAAAAUAGGUUCCGAUGAUAGUGAAGAAUGGGCGGCAAGAGAAAUAAAACAAUUAAUAAAUUAUUUUGCAAAAAAUUACGAUUCUUUACAUCAAAAUUUGGAAGAUCAUUGUCGAUGGUCUGAUUUGGCUCGGGUUAUUGGUAAAACUGAGUCUGCUUGUAGUGAGAAAUUUCUAGAACUACGUAAAUCUUAUAGAAAGUUAACUACAAUGAAGACGAGGAAUCCGGAGAUUAAAGUGUCUUGGAAAUAUUUUAAUAUGUUGGAUGACAUUUAUACUUCAAAGGGUCAAACAAGUAAUGAAGAUUCCGAGAUGGUUAUGUGCGAUGUUGGUGAAGGAUUGGAUAUUGAAAGUAUUAAGAAAGAGUUACCCGAAGAUGAUGAUUUUGAGUAUAUAAUAGUUAUUCCCGAAGAUCAAGAAAUUAUUGAAACAGUUGACGAAGAAAUAUUAACAUUAGACUCUGAAAACCAAAUAGAAGAGAAUAUUGAAUCGAAACAAAUUAAUAAAUGGAAUAAAAGAACUAAAAAACAAUUAUUAAUACAAUAUUUGAAAUAUAUAAGAUCUCAUAAAGGAAAAGAAAUAGAUUCAAGAGAAAUGUGGAAAGAAAUAUCAUUAAAAUUAAUGAAACCACCGAUGUCUUGUAGGAGAAUCUUAUUAAAACUAAAAAAUCAACACAGAAUGUCUGCGAUGAAUGAAGAUUUUAAAACAUCUCCGUAUUACAAAUUAAUUGAGAAGAUUUUACAAUUAAAACCAAAAUUUGCAAAAAUUGGCAACGGAAAAACUUUACAAGAGAAAAAAAUAUAUAAAGACGUAACUAUAUCUAAUGAAAAAGUAGAAAAAGCAUUAAAAUAUUAUUUGAAUAAUUUGGAAGAAUUCUUAAGUCCUAAAUACGAGAAGAAAUAUGUAUGGAUGGAGUUAGCAAAUAUUAUAAUCGAACCUGUAUCAAAAAUUUUUAAUAAAAUUAAUUAUAUGAAGAAUUUAUAUAAUACCGAGAAUACAGUGGAAGCGGAUUUUUUGGAAUUAAUGCAAGAAAUUUCAGCUAAAGAAGUGCUUUUGAAAGAUUUAUUAAUCACAGACUCGAAACCUAUAAAUGAGGGUAGUUUUGAAUUUUGGACAGAUGAUGAAAUAGAACAAUUAUUGACAUGGUAUUUGACACAUUUGGAUAAAUUUAAAAAUCCAAAAUACGUGAGAAGUUAUUUAUGGAUGGAUGUAUCGGAGAUGUUAAAUAAAAGUCCAUUAAAUUGUUCAAAAAAAAUGUCUGAGAUUAGAACUGAGUAUAGAAAUAUGGUGAAAGAAUCACCUCAAGAAUUGAAUGAUUGGAGAUUUUAUGAUCUUUGUCAGAAAAUAUAUGGUACGGGGAAGAAAUCUAAUGUAUAGAUUUAGUUAACACGAGUCAAAAAAUAUGUAUAUUGCCAUCUCUUUUCAUCCCCCUAAAAAAAUGAGACAAAACACAGGUCAUACUGAAUUACAGAUAAGUUAAACUUAAGCAAUUAUUUUAAUUUAGUUUUCUCAUAUUUUUUUUUUAAUGAAAUAACAAAUUCCAAAACAAUAUUUAAUAGAACUUUCAUUAUUGGUUUAAAAAUAUCGGUUUGUACAUCCUAUCUGUUUUGAAGUCGUUAUAUCCGGUUUUUAUUAAACCAUAAUAUAUACAGAGUUAAAUGUGUAAAAAAAACAUUUUUAGAGAAAAGACAAGUAGAAAACAAGUUUAAAAUGUGUUUAUUCUAAAAAGCUUGAA